CCCCGAUUGAAUUAAAAUCAUUAUUUACUGUUUGCCAUUAUAAUUGCUGUUGUUGUUGUUAUUGCUGUUGUUAGCUGGUAACCAUGAAGCUUGUUGGUACUAUUGCGUUUGCAUGUGUGUAUUUGAAUGUUAUCGUUAAUGCUGGACCAAUACCCAAAUAUAUCCAUUUAUGUAAAAGAAAUGAUCCCGAAGUUGGAAAGUGCGUUAGGGCAUCCAUAGAAGUCUUGCGUCCCCAUUUGAAAUCAGGAAUACCUGAACUUGGUGUCCCAACGUUGGAACCUUUCCACAUCCCAAAAAUAGACAUAAUAAGAGGCCAGAACAGUAAUAAUUUCAGAGCAGGUCUUUCAAAUAUUGAUGUGUUUGGUGCCUCUGACUUCCAAAUAAAGAAACUCAAAGUUGACGUACCAGAAAGAACGAUAAGUGCCGUUGUAGAAAUACCAGUUUUAAUGCUAAUUGCCGAUUAUGAUGUUGAUGCACGAAUACUAGUAGUCCCUGUUAAAGGCGAAGGAAAAGUUCAUGCAAACGCAACUGCCAUUACCGGAAAAGCUAUCGGAAAGUAUGAAAUUGAAGAAAGAGCUGAUGGACGAUAUAUUAAAUUUACUACAUUGAAUGUUAAUCUUAAUGUAGGAGAUUACAAUGUUAAACUGGAAAAUCUAUUCCAAGGGGAUCCAACUUUAGGCCAAGCGGCGAAUUCAAUUCUGAAUGAUAACAAAGAGGAACUGAUAAAGCAUGCCAUACCAUUUUUAGAAGAAAAGGUAUCAGAAAUUUUGCUAGACACGGCAAACAACAUUGUCAGAAAUUUCAAAUACGACGAAGUUUUCCCAGAAAAAUAAUUGUACGUACAUGAGACACAUUCAAACAAAAAAAAAA